GUGCAGCGCGCCGGAGUGAGUUUGAGGCCGGACUGCAGCGGAGGAGCAGAGAGGCGCACUGAGUAGAUGCAUUGGAGAGACUGAGCUGCGGUGCAGAGAUCGGCACACUAUAAACUCACGAAGAUAUUUAAGACGUGCUUGCAUGCGAUACGGGGGGUAAUGAAGAGUAGUAUAACGAGUUUGAUUGAAGAAUUGAGAGUAUUUUUUUUUCUUCUCAAAAUGGCACGGAUUCGCUCCCAUGCAAAUGCUCACUUUGCAAAGAUGACAUAGCACUUGAGAAAAUGGGAUCCCUUCUGGAACAAGACUCACUAACGACCUGAAUGAAAAGAGAAAGGGGGAUUCUAUUCAAAUCGGAAAUUUUCUUCCUCUUUCACUUGACACCCCUCGUUUGUGAGUAGAUAGUGAAAUAUGAAUCUGGGAAAUGCGCUUUUGUUUUUCCUAUUUUCAAAUUGUGUGACAAUGACUCUGUCGCUAUCCACGUGCACCACUGUGGACAUUGGCCACAUCAAGAAAAAGAGAGUGGAGGCGGUCCGGGGACAGAUUCUCAGUAAACUGCGGCUGACCAGUCCGCCUCAAACAACAGGUCCAAGUCAGGUACCGUUUCAGGUCCUGGCCCUUUACAACAGCACCAAGGAGCUCAUUGAGGAGCUGGGAAGAGAACGCCAUCAGAGUUGUGGACAGGAUAACACGGAGACUGACUACUAUGCCAAAGAGAUUUACAAGUUCAACAUGAUCAAUGGUCCACCGGAAAACAAUGACCUCCCCUACUGCCCCAAGGGCAUCACCUCCAAGGUAUUCCGCUUCAACGUCUCCACCAUGGAGAAGAACUCCUCCAACUUAUUCCGGGCCGAGUUUCGAGCCCUGCGGAUCCCCAACGCCGGCGCCAAGAGAAACGAGCAGAGGAUUGAGCUCUACCAGAUCCUCCAGAAAGACGACCCCAAAGCCAAACAGCGCUACAUUGGGGGCAAGAAUGUCCUGACCAAGGGAACUGCUGAGUGGGUGUCCUUCGAUGUCACAGAGACAGUGAGAGAGUGGCUGAUGUACAGACAGACCAACCUCGGCAUGGAGAUCAGCGUACAUUGUCCCUGCCACACUUUCAGGCCCAACGGGGACAUCAUCGAGAACGCCAAUGAGGUGCUGGAGGUCAAGUUCAAAGGUACGGAGGCGGACUAUGACGAUCUGAGCCGUGUGAAAAAACAAAAGGAGCAGCUCUACCCCCACCUCAUCCUCAUGAUGCUGCCCCCCCACAGGCUGGAUGCCCAGUUCUCCUCGCGCAGGCGGAAGCGGGCGCUCGACACCAAUUACUGCUUCAACAAUUACGAGGAGAACUGCUGUGUACGCCGGCUAUUUAUUAAUUUCCGGCAGGAUUUGGGCUGGAGGUGGAUCCAUCAGCCUGAAGGGUACUACGCUAACUUCUGCUCCGGCCCGUGUCCUUACCUGCGCAGCGCGGACACCACCCACAGCUCGCUGCUGAGCCUGUACAACACCCUAAACCCCGAAGCGUCCGCCUCGCCCUGCUGCGUCCCUCAGGACCUGGAGCCCCUCACCAUCCUCUACUACGUGGGUCGCUCCCCUAAAGUCGAGCAGCUCUCCAACAUGGUCGUCAAGUCCUGCAAGUGCAGCUAAACUUCGGCCUUUAAAUAAAAAGAUGCACUCCACCCGCAAUCAUUGGCAGCAUUUACCGAGAAGACCUGUCAAGCACCACUCCACCAACAGCACUCUCAAACCCAUCAGACCUCUUCCCUGUCCAUCGCUUUUUGCAUUUUUUUUUUUUUUACUCCAGCAUUUUGAACAGCCAGGUACCUCAGUGCUCCAUCGCAGGAAGAACAGAACAAUAGUUGCCUUUCAAAGACAUAAAACGAUGGCAGUCGAAAGGAGAACACGCCGAACGGGGUGAAACUGAAGCGAUCGUUUGUCGAGAGCAAACAAAUCCUUCGGCUCUGACGCACGCGGGACGCCUUCGAAUGUUUGAUGCUGGAAACUGACGCCGCGCACGCCACAGCGCCACCGCAGCGGUUGUUUGGGGUUGAGAUGCUGUUGAAUUAAAAUUACCCUUGAAAAAAAAAAAAGAAAAUGCUGGAAACCAAUCUUUAAUUGAAAUGAUAUAUUUCCAUGGUUCUAUGUUUACCUCUGUAAGACGACACGAUGGUGAUUCCAGGGAUUGUUUUUGUGUUUUAAGUGCAGCCUUUCUGUUGUAUGAGACGACGUAUGUCACUAAGUGAACACUUAACUAGAUCACAAACUGUAAAUGUUUUUCCUAUUACUCUUGGAAACACCUUUUUUUUUAAUUAAAAAUGUUGGAUAGAAUUGUUCUAAUUU